AUGGGAGCCGGAGGACAAAGACGAGGAGUACAGUCCUGGUGGGUAGCCCUCCGUCUCUCUUUGAUGCUCAACUGCGUGGAGCAGGUUUCAGCUCAGAUAAAAUAUUCAAUUCCAGAGGAAGUAAAAGUGGGAACUAUCGUUGGAAAUGUCGGCAAAGAUCUAGGACUGGACAUCAGUUCGCUGGAGGAAAGACGGUUUCGUAUUGUUUCAGGAACUGAAGAUGCUCAGUUUGAAGUAAAUCAGAACAGUGGCGUCUUGUAUGUGCAUAAAAACAUCGACCGAGAGGAGCUCUGUGAAAGCGUUUCGCCAUGUUUAAUGAACCUAAAAAUGGUAGCUGAGAACCCAAUGGAAGUACAUUAUGUUGGAGUUGAAAUCAUAGAUGUUAAUGAUAAUUCACCCAGUUUUCAAGAGGAAGAAAAAAUAUUAGAAAUCUAUGAGUCUACUCUUCCAGGCAGACGCUUCCAGUUACCGACUGCACGCGAUCCAGAUGUUGUAGUUAAUACGGUGCGAGUGUACAAAUUAAACCACAAUGAAUAUUUUAGUGUACAAAUUCGUGACAGAGCAGACGACAAGGUACCAUUCUUAGUCUUGCAAAAGUCUCUAGAUCGUGAAAAGCACCAUGAGCACAAACUGAUUCUGACAGCAGUUGACGGUGGAAAUCCACCGAGAUCAGGGACUCUUAAUGUCACAGUCAUAGUUCUUGAUUCAAAUGAUAACCAUCCGGUAUUUAGCCAAGAAGUGUAUUCGGUAACGAUACAUGAAAAUGUGGAUACAGAUACGACUGUGAUCAAGGUGGAGGCGACUGAUGUGGAUGACGGUUCAAAUGGAAAUAUUGAAUAUUUUUUCGGUGGUGAACUUGACCAUAAAAUAUAUGACAUGUUUAGCUUGGAUAAAGACACUGGUGAAAUUAGAGUAAAGAGCGAAAUUGACUUUGAGAAGGCUGACGUUUAUAAGUUAGACGUCCAUGCCACUGACAAAGGACAACCUCCAAUGAGUGCUGACUGCAUUGUAAUCAUCAAAGUAGUCGAUGAAAAUGACAACAAACCUGAAAUAGAGGUGACAUCCCUGUCAAACAUGGUAUCUGAAGAUUCAAAGCCUGGAACUGUCGUUUCUCUUGUUAGUAUUACAGACAAAGACGCCGGUUUAAACGGUAAAGUAAUAUGUAGUCUUUCAGAAAAUGUGCCAUUCGAAUUAAAACCAUCAUUUCAAGAUAAUAUGUACUCUUUAGUUUUGAAACAUCGCCUGGAUCGAGAAUCAGUUUCACAUUAUGACAUCACAAUAACAGCUACAGACUGUGGCCAGCCUCCUCUAUCCGCAUUUAAAACUCUGAGUAUUGAGGUAUCAGACGUGAAUGAUAAUAUCCCAGAAUUUCUGCAUAAUCCAAUUGAACUUUACCUGGUGGAAAAUAACGUCGCUGGAAACCCAAUUUUUUCUAUUACGGCUUCAGAUAAAGACUUAAAUGAAAAUGCGGCUCUAACUUAUCAUAUAGUUAGAGAGGAAGGCAGUCAAGUUAAAAUGGCAACAUUUUUGAAUAUAAAUUCAGAUAAUGGACACGUUUCAGCGCUAAAAAGUUUCGACUUUGAAACUCUGAAAACGUUCAAGUUCCAAGUUGUCGCCACAGAUUCUGGAACUCCGUCACUAAGCAGCAACGUCACUGUGAACGUGUUUAUUCUGGAUCAGAACGACAACGCUCCAGUCAUCCUGUAUCCAGUCAGCUCUAACGGUUCUGCUGAAGGUGUGGAGGAGAUUCCCCGCAAUGUGAACGCAGGACACUUGGUGACUAAAGUCAGAGCCUAUGACGCUGAUAUAGGAUAUAACGGCUGGUUACUCUUUUCACUGCAGCAAGUUACUGACCACAGUCUCUUUGGUUUGGACCGCUAUACAGGACAGAUCAGAACACUUCGCUCAUUCACAGAGACAGACGAGGCUGAGCAUAAACUGGUCAUACUGGUCAAAGAUAAUGGGAACGUUUCACUCUCAGCAACAGCUACUGUGAUUGUCAAACUUGUGGAGCCCAAAGAAGCUUUUGCAGCUUCUGAUGUCAAAAGUUCAGCAAAAGAUGAUGAGGGGAAUGAUGUGACUUUUUACCUGAUGAUAACUUUGGGCUCAGUUUCAGCACUGUUUCUCAUCAGUAUCGUCGUGCUGAUUGCAAUGCAGUGCUCCAAAACCACAGACUAUACUUCUAAAUAUCUACAAGAUGCAAAUUAUGAUGGGACACUAUGUCACAGCAUCCAGUACAGAUCUGGAGACAAACGCUACAUGUUAGUUGGACCCAGAAUGAGUAUAGGGUCUACCAUAGUCCCAGGCAGCCAUGCCAAUACUCUGGUGCUUCCUGACAGAAGAGGAACAUCUGGAGAGUGUACAGUGAUGGAGAAUGAAGACACGUAA